AUGCAUUUAAUAUCGAUUUUAUUAUUAAUUAUUUUCUUAAUUUUACCAUCUUCUUUUCAAUCAUCAACUGAUAAUAUAAUUUAUAUUCAUGAAGAAAUGAAAUCAAAUGUAUUUAUAACAAAAAUUAAUUCAAAUUUACAAUGGUUACCAGUUUCAUUUGUUUAUCAACGAUAUUUUCGUUUGGAAAAUACAUCGUUAUAUACAUCGGAUCGAAUUGAUCGUGAAGAAUUAUGUUAUAAAAAAUUAUGUGAUUGUUCAAAAUGUUUAUUACCAUUAAAAUUUGUUCAAACAAUUACGCCAAAUAAUAUUUCAAUAAUUACUGUCAAUAUUCUUGUGGAAGAUAUUAAUGAUCAUAUUCCAACAUUUAAACAAUCAUCUUUGACAUUAAAUGUAUCUGAAAAUGUUCCCAUUGGUUAUGAAAUAUCGUUAGAACCCGCUGUUGAUGAAGAUUAUGGUCUUUUAUCUGUUCAAACAUACGAAUUACAUCCAUCAACAAGUCCAUUUCGUCUUAUUAAAUCAAGUUUGACAAAUAAACCAAUUUUAAAAUUAAUUGAACCAUUGGAUCGUGAAACAAUUGCUUCAUAUACAUUACAUUUGUAUGCUUUUGAUGGUGGUCAACCACCAUUAUCUAGUGAACAAAAAUUAUUAAUUCAAGUUACAGAUGUCAAUGAUAAUGCACCAAUAUUUGAUUAUCAUUUGUAUAAUCGAACAGUUCAAGAAAAUGAAACAGUCGAAAAUUUAUUAUUACAAGUACAUGCCACUGAUAAAGAUAUAGAUGAAAAUGGAAGAAUAACAUAUACAUUAGAUGGUGGUGAUAAUGGAGAUAAAAUAUUUAAAAUUAAUGAACAAACGGGUGAAAUAUUUUUAAAAUCAUCACUUGAUUAUGAACAACAACGAUCAUAUACAUUGACAGUUUAUGCCAAAGAUCAUGGAGUACCACCGUUAACUGAUUAUGCAACUGUAAACAUUAACGUAACUGAUAUUAAUGAUAAUCAACCACAAAUAUUAAUGACAAAAAUUGACGGAACAAAAAUCAUUAAUUCAUUAACAUUUUCUGAAUGUACACCAAAAGGUACUGCUGUGGCCUAUGCUUAUGUGUCAGAUCCUGAUUCUGGUGAAAAUGGUCGUGUUACAUGUAUUAUUAAUAAUUCUCAUUUCAUUUUGAAUCUUUUGACAAUCAAUGCUUAUUCAUUACAAAUCUUUGAACCAUUGGAUUAUGAACAACAGCAACAAAUAGAUAUUACACUUACAUGUUCUGAUCAUGGUGAUCCUGUUCUAAGUGUAUCACAAUCUCUAACAAUUUUAAUUCAAGAUUGCAACGAUAAUGCACCAGAAAUUAUUUCACCAUCACUACCAUUCAAUGACUCUAUCUAUAUAUCUUAUGAAUCAACUAUUUUACCCUUUGUCAUUACACAAUUCGUUGUUCGAGAUUUGGAUCGUUUUCAACCACAAAUAUUUUCCUAUACAUUUGAAUCUAUACCGAAUGAUAUUGAUCAAAAUUUAUUCUUAAAUAAUAAUGGAACAUUUAUUUUACGAACAAUGCCAAUAACUACUGGCUUUUAUAAUGUUAAUAUUUCAGUAACUGAUAGUGGUAAAGAUAAACAAUUGACAACAUCGAUUCAAGUACCCAUACGCAUCUAUUCUCAAAAUGAUAGUCAACAUUUAUUAUUAAAUGGUAAAAGAUUAGCGAUUGAACGAACGGGACUCGUUUUGGUUGUAUCAUUCUUGGCCAUUGUAUUAUGUGCAGCAAUUUUAAUUGCAUGCUGUUUUUUAUGCGCAUUUAUUUUUCGUAUUAAACGUCAAAAACAUCAAAAUAAAACAACAAUGAUGGCGUCAAAUAAAUCAACAUGUUUUAAUUGUUGUUAUUCAACAUCAUCAUUUAAAACAUCAAAUGAAAAUAAAGAUACUCAAAGUAGUACGAGUAAUACGAGUGAAAAUGAAGCACGUUCAUCACAAAAAACUAUGAUCGAAAUUUUAGAUGAAGCGUUAAGUUUAAUGAGAGAAACGAGUUUAUCGAAUCGUAUCUAUCAAUAUUCGGUUAAACAAGCUGAUAUUAGACAAUGGUCCGAUUCUAAUUACUUAGAAAAAGUUGAACGUUAUUUAACUCAUUUAAACCAGAAUAGUAUUGGAAAUGGUGAAACAAAUGUUGCCAUCCAACAACCCAUUCCUUCAACAACAAUAGUAAAUGAUUCAUUAUCUGAUGAAGGAUGUUAUGGUAGUUCAGAUAUAUCCGAUCAAAAUGAUGGUCAUAAACUUUCUUCUAAUCGUGUGAAUAGACCUUCAAUACCCUCAAAGCCUUGUAUAAGACUUUCUGUAUAUGACGAUCAACCACCAUCAUCAAUUACAUCUAACACAAAUCAAUAUCAAGAUAGCUUUAAGCGUUUUGAACAACUAUAUCUUUUAACAGCAGAAAAUAAAAAUCGACCAUCAUCACAUUUAGACGAUGUAGAUAAAUCAGCAUUCACAUCCGCCAGUCGUUAUGUAUAG